AUGAUUGAGAGAUACAUAGAUGAGAGUGAGUAUCAAAAGCUGCUACAAAAGACAGAAAAUCCUCAAUAUAGAUAGAACAUUACCUAUUUUAAACCUACUACAGAAGAUCUGCAGGCCAGUAUUGAGCGCUAGCAGGAAGAAGAGCGGAAAAAAUUUAUGUUAGCCAAACUUAAUAAGAGUUUCGAUUACGCCACCAAGAGAAAAAAAGCAAUAUAUUUUAAUUCACAAACAAAUGCUCAAUCUAAAGCAAUUCUUCCCUUAAACUAAGAUUUGGAAUUAGACCAAGCAAUCAUAAAUCUCAAGAAUACAAUGUAAAAAAAGAAAAAUUUAAAACUUCAAUAUGAUAGUAUUGAAGAUUAAACUAGGAUAUAUAAGAGUAUAUAUAACUAUUAGACUCCUUAAAAUCAUAAUUUGUACAAAUAGUAGAAUCCAGAUCUCCUCAGCAAUCAAAGAAGUAUUAUAAGGAAAUUAUUCGAAAAGAAUAAUUACAAGAAGAUUACAGAUGAGGCAGAAAAACCGAUUUCUAUAAGCAAUUUUACAAAGCAUAUUGAAUUAAGGACUAAUAUUCUGGAUUUCAGCGAUAUAGGUAAAGAGUUAGAUACUAAGAGAUUUGCUCGAAACAAAAAUUAGAGUUAUUAAACAUAGUAGCAAACAAGCAAUAGAUCCUCGAGUAAUAUAAACUAAAGCAAUCAUAAUCUAAGAUAUAAUGAAAAUCACUAUAGUAGAAUGCAAAACUCCAAAUCCUUUGAUUUAAGGUAAAAUAAAUCUCAAGUUGAUAUUGAAAAUUUGAACUCAAAAAGCAGAGUUUAGCUAGGAUGGCAACAAAAAAAGGAGUAGAUGAAUCAACACAAACAGAUAGUAUCAAAUUACAUUGAGAUCAAUUUAAAUCAGCAGCUACAAUCUAUUUUGGCCAAAUAGCUUGGCCAAGCAUGUUUACUUAUCGUCAUGAGAGGGAAUAAAUGGUUAAGAAAUAUAAUCGAAUCUGGCGUUCUAGAAAAGACAUGCUAGUAAUUUCUUAUUUUAGUUACUAAUUUAUCUUAGAUUCAUUUUGAUUGGGCGAUAUCUAGAGGCGACCCACCAAAAGAUGUCGAUUCAAUGGGCAGAGAAAUAGAAAGAAUGGAUAAUGAAAUGAAAAGACUAUAAUAAGAGAUUGAAGAGCUUGAUAGAAAUAGAUUCGGAUACUUAACCUUGAUUUUAAAAAUUUGGUUGUUAGAAUACAGAUUAAUCAGUAAGAAAGGAGAGGGUACAUUUUCAGAGGUCCUUGAAGCCUUGAGUAUCAAAACAAAGAAGAAAGUCGCAAUCAAAUGUUAACAAUUUGAGAGAGAUAUAGGCUCUAAGAAGAUUAACGAUGAGCCGACUGGAAGAUUGGCAUUGGUAUUUGAGUUAAUGGAUAUGAAUAUGUAUGAUGCCAUUAAAGUUACUAAAAUCGAUAGACCACAUGCACAGAAAUGGCAUUUUUCACAGAGAUAUAAAACCGAUGAUAAGGUUAAAUUAGCUGAUUUUGGUUCAUGCAGAGGAAUAUAUUCAAAACAACCCUACACUGAAUACAUAUCAACAAGAUGGUAUAGAGCUCCAGAAUGCUUACUAACUGAUGGAUAUUACGGGUAUAAGAUGGACUUAUGGGGUGUAGGAUGUGUUAUUUUUGAAGUGUUGUGCUUAUUUCCUUUAUUUCCUGGAAACGAUGAGCAUGACUAGGUGAUAAGAAUACAUAAUAUAAUGGGUUCUCCACCUAAGGAGCUUCUAGAUAAAUUUCAAAAAUAUGCAUCUCACAUGGAAUUCGAUUUCCCUAGUGUGCCUGAGGGUACUGGAUUGCAAAAGCUAAUGACUCAUGUGAGUCCAGAGGCCUAAGAUUUAGUCAUUAAAAUGCUAACCUAUAACCCUGAUAACAGAAUUACUGCGAGUUAGGCUGUUAAGCAUCCAUGGUUUAAAGAUCUAAGAGAUUAAGAAAAGGCAUCUAACCCACAGAUCGAUGGAAAUUUUGAUGAUGUUUCUGGUGCAGGAGAUUAUGAUUUAAAAAAAGCAGCACAAGCAAGAGGUGAUAAAUUCUUAAAAACUUAAAAGUAGCUACCAGAUUUAAAAAAAGGCUCAGUCGAUCCAUUAGUUAAAAAUCAAACUUUUCUCUCAGAAUCUGACGAUUCUAGUCUUAGAUAAUUACCAAUGAUAAAAGGAAAUUCAAGCAAUCAAGUGAAUCAAAUCUAGGAUGCUUAUGUCAGUAAAUUUGGAAAUAAAACACUUAAGAAUGGCUCUUUCAACUAAACUAAAUACAUCUCAAAUAUGAAUGGGUCACAAUCUCCUUCUUAAACAUUCUAUAAAGGUAAAUUAAUAAACUCUAAUCAUAAGAUGCUGUAGCAAUGGAGACUACGGAAAAGAAGUAAAAUUCUUCAUUUAUUGGAACCAAGAAAAUUGUCCCUUCUUAUAAAAGUUAGAAAAAGUCAUAUGUAAGCCCUUAUAAUUAGAAAAUGA